AUGCAAGCCAGCCAAAAGGCACAAACCACAACAACUACAACGAAGGCUAAACGACCUGGAUUAAAAAGCGUUGCGGGUCCUUCGCACGAGCACGGGGAAAAGACGUCCAAUGGCAUUUCUCAAAGGUAUUUUUGUUUGUCAUUUUCGUUAAACUAUUUAAAACAUUGGUUUGCGUGUAGCUCGUGUUUCUAUACACGGAGGCGCAAACAUUUGGUUUGUUUUUUGUAAACACGACAGGUGUGUGAUAUUGCCCACACACAAUUGAUUGCAAUUCUUUCGCACUUUUUAGUAAAUAUGAGUACAGUAAUUUAAUUGGAUGUGAUAAAAUAAUUUGGAUCCUACGGUGUUAUAAUUUAACAGCAGUAAAUUUAGUCUUUUUUUUUUAAUUCUCUGAUGCUUCGUGGUAAUUUAAUAUACAUAUUGGCAUUGUGUAAUUUGCAUAUACUGUCUGUAGCAAACUCGAUAAGAUACUCGAUAAGAUAUUAAAUAUUGACAAUUUUAAUUGGCACGCAGCUGGCAACACAGUGCCGUAUCAUAUAUUAAAUAUAAGACACAUAGCCUAUUUAACGUGGGCAAAAAUGUUGGCAGUGUUGUUUUACUGCUAUUAGGUAAAAAAGCAGUAAAAUUUUGAAUAUAAUUUCAACAAUGUCAAAAUUUGCUAAAUUAGUAAUGCAAGACUUUUAAAACAUUACAUGUACAUAGCUUAGCUGGUAUAUAAUUUCACCUGCAUUCAUACUGUCUAUAUUUUGGCAGUUGCUAGGGGUAAUUAUUAUAAACAACAAUUAAAAUAUGUUUCUUAGUGAAAUAUAUCUUAGUGUCUGUUGAUAUCAUCCCACUUACCGGGACGUCCCGUUUACCGAUGAUUUUAUACCUGUCUAGUAUGUCUAGUUAUUUUCCUAUAAAAUUUUGCAUUGUGUUCAUACGAGAAAGCGAGCUGACCCACUUGCUGAGAUCUCGGUUGAAUUUGGCAAAUUAAUAUUCGCCCCACUAGGCGAGACAUUUUGUUAAGUGGGAUCAUAUGAACAUCCCCUAAAACUCUCCAUAGUUGAGUAAUCGGCCCAUGCAUCUUGUUAACCCUUUAAAUGGCAAUGCACCCUGGCACACCCUACUUUAUUGUUUUACUGUGUUUGACACCAGACAAUUUUACUUGUCAAGGGGAGAGUGGUUCAAAUGUGUUCCUGCUUAUGCCCCCCCCCCCCUCUUUAUUAGGCCACCCCCUCUCUGAUACUGUAAGCCCAUCUUAAAGAUGAUACCACCCAGGGAUUCUACAAAUAUCUCUGGGGUAACAAAUUAUAAAGUAAUCCUGCUUUUCUCCCCCCCCCCUCCCUUGUUAGAAUUAAACUGAAAGGUGUACAUAAGUCUCACAUGUUUUGUCAUGUAUAGUGUGAGCUUUAAUUAUAGGACUUCAAUGACAGGGUGGGGGGGGGGGAGGUUGAUUUUUCUCUUUUUCUGAAAACGUGCCAAAAAUUUGGAAACUAUCAUAGACUAUCAGCUACCAUACUCUGUCCUACUAAUUGACAGUGUAUGUCUUUCUUCUAUAUUUUUCAACUCCAUCCAGUAAAGAGCCAAAGUCAACGUCACCGAGAUCAUCGACCACUGAAGAUGGUGAACGCUCUGACAGUGGAAGCUCGGGUGAUAAUAUUCAAGUUGUUGUAAGGUGGUGUAUGUUAUACAUAUGUUUGAAAGAAUAUAUUGCUAAGAUUAUACAAGGUGUUAAAAUUUUAUUAAUAACAAGUCAUAUACUGUAUUUAAGGGACCGGUUGUUGAAAGCAUGAUUAUUAAGUGCUAACUCUGGACUAAAUUUAACUCAAUUUACUUUGGUUUAUUGUAUUUCUGCGUCUCUCUGUUUAUUUAAAAACUUUACAAAUUUAAACUUCGGGUGAUCCCAGAAAAGAUUUCUGAAAAAAUAUGGAAAUGCUGCUUUGAAUUUCAUGUUAACUUAGGGUUAACCUAAAGGUGGAUUUCCAGUCCUCGCACGAAGCUCCUCGUUGCGAGUGAUGCAUGAGCACUUUCAUCCAAUCACAAUGCUAAACAGUUCAUUUUAAUUAGAUGCAAAUACUCGCAGUGAGUUGCGAGGAGCUUCGUGCGAGGACUGGAGGGCCGACCCAGGCCGACCCUGAGGCAAUUGGCCAAUGGGAAUGUGCUCAAUAUUAGGCAUAUCUUUGAGUGUCCAUAUUUUAGAAAGAUCAUGAUCACUUUACUUUAAAAUUUUCUAACAAAACCCUCAAUUGAGAGCCCUCAGUGGUCUGAUGCAGCAAUCAUCCUUGCUAUGUACAGUAGAAUUGUCAGAAAUGUGAUUUAUGAACUAAUAAAGUGGAAAAUUUGAUCAUUGAAUUAAUUCUGUUAAAAUUCAAUAAAUGCUCAGUUAUUUAUAUCCAGGCAUGAUUAGCAUUCUUUGGGACUAUGAGGGUUUGUAGUCAUUCAUGAUGGCUUAAUCACUAAACGUGCCCAGGCCGACAGUACAAAAAUCCAUCACCAUCAUUCAUUAUAUUAAAAGAUUAAUGCAGAAUAUGACACCAAGAUCCAACAAAUUAAUGUCUUACAAAAAGAUUUAUGAUUACUUUACCUCAGACAUCAGACAGGCCCAGUCUCAGUGGUCUUGAGUCCAUCAACUAUCAGGGAGCUAGGAUGCCGGCUUCAGCCAGCCCAAGCAUCAUGAUGGAAAUUCCUUGUGAUGAAAAUGUCUUGAUUGCUUGUAGGGUGCGGCCAUUAGCUGAGGCUGAAAAGCAAAGGAAGGAUCAAGAUGUUGUUAAUGUUCCUGACGAAGGAGCCGCUGUGUGGGUAAGGUUACUUUAUACACAAAAAGAUUCUGGGCAUCUCACCUGAGAGCUAAUUGUAGAAGGAUUUUGUAUUUUGAAAUUUCAAGUGUAAAUUUUAUACAUCUAUUCAGGGUCUGAACGUUAAUUUUUUUCUCAGCUACCAGGAUCAGUCAAAGUUUAUGUAGCUGUUUAGUAUUCCCCCUGAAAAUCCAUAAGUAUUAUACCCUAAUCUGUCCCAUACAAUAACUCUCACUGUUACUGUAUAAACUUCAAUAACAACAGGAGAUUCAACAGUCGACAACUAGACAAUUCGUCAAUUAUACACAAAAAUGCACAUAAUAUGAUGAAUAAGGCUUCAAUAGGGUGGCAAACUCAUUGUAUUCAAAAGCUAUCAGGAGACCAUUGCACGCUAAUGAGCCCUACUGUACUUUAUUAUUUUACUCUGUCUAACACCAGACAAUUUUACCCAUCAAGGGCAACAGUGAUCCACUCAACGAUUUAAACUUUCAAUGCAUUUAAUGCAAUUUAUUUUCAUGUAGAUUGAUAAUAAUUUUGGUCAGAGUAAGCCAUUUACAUUCAAUCAAGUUUUUUCUCACAAAGCCAGCCAGGAAAAGGUAAUGAUCUUCAUUAUGUAAUUUAUAUGUUUUGUUUUUAAUAAAUUAUUAUUUAAUAAAAGGCUACUUAAUAAUCUCUCUAAUAAUGUGGAUUCGAUAAUCAAUGUUCCUGUUCUUAGGUGUUUGAAGAGUGUGGAAUUAAACACUUGAUAGACAUGGCCUUGGAAGG